AUGUGGAAUAGUUUUUUGCAGUUUAGAUAUCACAAUAUCAAACUAAAAGUGUUUCAUUCUGAUGGUGAAGCCUCAAACUCCAAUGACUCUAUUUGGUGGCGUGACGUUAUUUCAAAUGAUAUAACGACGGAUGCUCAUGAAGAAGGGUUCAGUAUGUGUGUUCACUGUAAAGUUAAAAAAGGGAAUAGCAUUCUGUUUUGGCAUAGCAUUUGGUUGGGAAAUCAAUCGAUCCAUUUCACUUUUCCGAAUUUGUUUGAUCUAUCAACCAAUAAGCUCUACACUGUCGCUGAGUUAGUUGUUUGGGAGAACGGUAAUCAAUCUUGGAACUUGGUUCAGUUGUUUGGUUCUGUUUUUAAUCCGGUUCAAGGCACGGCUGGAGGAUCAAUGUUGGUUCAAUGGCAACUGCUGCAGGAGAUGCUCCUCUCGGUUAGUCUGGAUCCGGCAGCAGAGGAUUCUUUCGUUUGGCAGCAGAAGCUCGACGGAGAUUUCAUGGUUGUGAGUGUUACGGAUUUGAUAUCCGAGCAGAAGGAAUCAGCAUGGCACCCUGCCAUUAUCCGGAGACUGAAAAUCACUUGGAAGAUGAACAUUCCACUAAAAAUCAGAGUUUUUGCGUGGGUGAUGUUUAUUUCCAAAUUGCCUUCGAAGGAUUUGCUAGCGCGAAGAGGUAUGUCCAAUAAUUCCUUCAAUCUAAAUUGUGUUCUUUGCGAGAGCCAUGAGGAGUCCUUGAAUCACCUAUUCUUCUUGUGUCAAACAUCAAAAGCUGUUUGGGAAAAGAUCUAUAUGUGGUUAGGAGACAAUAUUAAUUUUUCUCUUGAGGAGUUUAUGUGCUUUGAUGUUAUUCAAGAGAAGGUGAGAAACAUAUCUACUCGGGACAUUGUUAAUAUUAUUUGGUUGGCAACAUUAUGGAGUCUUUGGCUCAUGAGGAAUGUAAUCGUUUUUGAUAAUGCCUCUUAUAGCUUUGAGGCGGUGUACACUAACGUAAUGUUCUUCUCGUGGAGAUGGUUAGCGUGUAGCAAUAAUUCGUCCCGGUCUAGUUUCUGUGAUUGGUACAAGUUACCUCUAUCUUGUUUCAUUUCUAUGUAG